CGCGGCGCCGCUCUUUAAUCAAAACGCUCGCCGCCACCCCUUCGAUUUGGCUGACGCCUCCGCCGCCGACGAUUUCCAUUGUCUUGUCUUUCAGUUCGCAAGGAAUACGAAUCGAAUGGGCACGAUGAAUCUGUUCUCCAGGUUCGCGUCCACCGCGAUGGAGGACAGCGUCUUUGGCCCGUCCUAUAAUGGCCAAUUUGACUUUACGCUCCUCUUUGAAAAUGUCUUCAUGACCAUCGUGCCCUCAUGCCUCGUGGCUGUCUUCUGCCCCUUCUACAUUAUGGGGCAGUAUAGUAGGCCAACCAUCGCCAACCGAAACAGUCUACUGUGGUCAAAACUGGUUGUGGCUGCCGUCGUCGUAGCCUUGGAAAUCGCCAGGGCUGUGGCCGUGUGUCAGGUAGGUUAUGUGCGCGAGGUAGUCGCACUGGAUAAUAGUGCCAUUGCUGCCUCUGUUACCGCCGUGGCCGCUUCUGUUGCGGUCGUUCUUAUGAUCUACUGGGAGCACGUUCACGCCAUUCGCGCGUCGUCGUUGGUGAGCUUGUAUCUCACAUUGACUGUCUUACUGGAGGCUGCAAAGACCUACAGUCUUGUUAACCGCCCCGUCAUGAACGUUGCUGGCGCUCUGACAAUGACAAUUACUGUCGUCAAAGGCAUUCUUGUUGUCAUGCAAGAGGUCCCACGACAGCUCAAGGAAGACCUUUUGGUGAACGGCAAGGUAUCCAAUGAAGUCACUGGUGGAUUCUGGAACCGAACCCUCGUCUUCUGGAUCAAUUCGACCCUGUUCAUUGGGUUCUGCAGGCCGCUGAAAAUACAAGAUCUUGCUCAUAUUGGCCCAGACUACUCAUCAGAAGCCUUGGCAGAUCGGUUUGAACGCUUUUGGGUUAAAGCAAACAAACAGGCACCAAAUGCUUUAUUAAAGACAUGCAUUCGCACCGUCUUUGGGCCGCUCGUUUUAGCGGCCUUCCCUCGCAUCCUGUUCACCGGGUUCUGGUUCACCACACCCCUUCUGCUCCGAGCUGCAUUGGAACAGGUCAACAGCACUGACUCAAAUAAGGAUGCCGCAAAGGGAUUGACAGCAGCAACAGCACUGGUGUUUAUAGGUAUUGGGUUGAGUGCUGCGUCGUACAGCUACAUGAUCAAUAGGACUGCCACGCUCCUCCGCGGAGUCCUCAUCUCGCAAAUCUUGAAAAAGAAUACCUGCCUCCCGCUUUCCGUUACACGUCAAGGCGCGUCAUUCACCUUGAUGACGGCUGACGUGGAUGGCAUUAUUGCUGUCAUUGAGAAGAUUCAUGACUUUUGGAUCGCCUUUCCUGAAUUGGGCCUGGGACUCUAUCUUCUCUCCACCGUCGUUGGUAAUGCCUUCUUUACACCAAUGAUACCCAUCUUUUUCUCCCUUUUCCUAGCAUGGGCAAUUGGUCGUACCAUGGGCCCAGCAACUACCAAAUGGAAUCAAGCCAUUCAGAAGCGCGUCUCCAAUACCAACUGGAUCCUUUCCCAAAUUAAAGGUCUCAAAAUGAUGGGCCUCGAGGAUGUGAUUUCCUCCUUUAUCAAAGCUUUACGAAUUGAUGAAAUUGCUUCGUCGGCAGAUGCCAGAUGGGUGCGUGUCUUGCUCAUGUCCAUUUACCCAAUCGAGAUUUGGUUCUCUCCCAUGAUCACCAUCACGGCUGGCCUCUUCUGGACAGUGUGGCGCGAUCAAUUAGAUGCCAUCACUUUGUUUACUGCGCUCGGUUUUCUAGAACUGCUCUCCGACCCUACACAUGCUAUCAAUGCAUUUUGGCCCGAAUUGGGUGUCAUGUACGCAUGCUUUGGUCGCAUUCAGAAAUUCCUCUUGGAGGAUGAGCAUGUCGAUCCCCGCAAGCUUCGAGACUUUCGACUUGCAAGCGCGGAUCAGUCCUUCGAUGAGAAGACGUAUUCAUCAAUGUCGGACAUGUCGCGAUAUUGUAUAUCGGUCAACGACGUAUCUGUAUCGUCCCAAAAUGACGAACGCCAAAUUUUGCGUCAGCUGAGCUUCUCAAUCCAGCAGGGGUCACUCACACUAAUUGUUGGACCUGUUGGUUCAGGAAAGACUGUGCUGGUCAAGACCCUGCUUGGAGAAACCAACAUCUCAUCGGGAACCAUUGAAACAUCCUCAACAAAUUUUGCUUAUUGCGACCAAACUCCUUGGUUGCCUGAUGUAUCAAUCAAAGAUACCAUCAUAGCGGAAUACGAUAGAGACGAAGUGAGAUACCAGGAUACCAUUCGUGCUUGCGCACUUGAUCAAGACAUCGCCAAUCUUUCUCAAGGAGACCGAACGCUCUGCGGUAUGAAUGGCUCCAACCUAAGUGGCGGUCAAAAACAAAGAGUGGCACUGGCUCGAGCAGUCUAUUCAUUUUGCCCCGUUGUUGUCUGCGACGACGUUCUCAGUGCGCUGGAUACAGCCACUGCAACUUCGAUAUUCCGAAAUGUUUUCGGCCCGAGUGGUGUGCUUAAAGCACAAAGCAGGACUACCAUCAUGGCAACGCACAUGGUUGAAGUUCUCCCAACAGCUGACAAGGUUGUAUCGCUCAACACCACUGGUACCGCUGACAUCUACGACAACCCAAAUGUCAUUGCAGAAUUUGCGGCCAGCGCGCAAAUUAGCGCACCUCAAGCCACUCGAGAAGCAGACGAGUCGCAGUCGCCAGUCAACUCCAAUGUUGCAAACAUUCAGGAGGAUCUAAAACGAGAAGCCGAGGAAAUCGCAAGCGCAAGACGCGGAACAGACCUUUCUGUUUACAAAUUCUUAUUCCAAGAUGUCCCCAAGUCAUUGCGGGUCGGUUUCCUCCUAUCCAUUGUCCUGAUGGCGGCAAUGGAGCGCUUCCCAGGCAUUUACAUGCGAAUUUGGGUUUCAGUCGAUCCCUCUAAUAAGCUUUAUUUAAUUGGUAUGGGCUUGUUGGGAUUGCUGUCAAUUUUCAUGAACUCAGUCACAACAACAAUGUUUUUGAUGAAAAUUAUCCCACAUAUUGCGCAGAGUAUGCAUGAUCUAUUUUUGACAGCCGUUUUGAAGGCGACGCUACCCUUCCUUACUUCGACCAAGAACGGUACCCUGAUUAACCGCUUCAGCCAGGAUAUGACUCUCCUCUCACAGGAUAUGCCAAUGUCGCUUUUCCGACUGCUUUACACGACGACGCUAAUUGUAAUGAAUAUCGGCGUCAUUGCCGCAGGGGCUGACUUUGCGUCAGUUCUUAUACCAUUUCUUCUAGCGGUGCUAUACGCACUGCAGGCGUUCUACCUGAGGACAUCAAGACAGAUGCGACUGCUUGAUCUCGAAGCGAAAAGCCCACUCUACACACAGUUGAGCGAAACACUGACGGGAAUUGAGCACGUGCGAAGCUACGGUUGGCAGUCAGCGACCAUCCAAAAAUCGUUACAACUGCUUGAUUACUCUCAGACGCCUUUCUAUUACAUGUACAGCAUCCAGCGCUGGCUCCUUCUCGUACUAGACAUGUGCGCGGCUCUCAUGUCAACAUUGCUUGUAGCGAUUGCGGUAUUGUGGACAUCAAGCGCCACCCAACCUAGUCUAGGCCUUGCCCUACUCGCAGCUACACAAUACAGUAGAACCACGCGUCUAUGGGUUGUACGUUGGACCGCCCUGGAGACUUCUCUUGGCGCCGUUACACGUCUUCAGAGCUUUCUCAAGACAACCCCGAUAGAGAAACUUCACACAUUUGGCGCCAAUCCAGAUGCGGAACAAGAUCCUGAGCAUGCUAUCGAAGAGAAGGACUUGGAGCCUCUUAGAGAUUGGCCGCAAACUGGAUGUAUCGAAUUCGAAGAAGUCAAUGCAGGCUAUAGCAAAUCAUCUACCUCUUCAAAAGUGCUCCAAGACUUUUCCUUGUUGAUUCCAGCAGGGCAAAGCGUCGCGCUUGUCGGACGAACAGGAAGUGGCAAGAGCAGCGCAGUGCUUUCAAUUUUGAACUUCCUCGACGUAACUGGCACAAUCCUCAUAGAUGGGAUUGAUAUUUCACAAGUCUCACGGCAGCGUCUGCGAAGCGCCAUCACGACAAUUCCCCAAGAUCCUGUCAUUCUGCCUGGCAGUGUGAGAGACAAUCUUUUGCCGUUUACCAUUUUAGGAGAAACAACCGUCACUAGCAAUCAGAUUGUGACCGUUGAAAAGGCACUAAGAGAUGUCGGCCUUUGGGACCAUGUUGCCGAGCGAGGCGGCCUUGCUGCCUCUAUUGAUGACAUGCACUUCUCAGCUGGCCAGAAACAGAUUCUGGGCAUUGCACGAGCUAUUAUCCAUCACCAAGAGGGUGCCACGAAAAUCAUUCUCAUGGACGAAAUAUCGAGCAAUAUGGACAACAAGAGCGACAUGCGAGUUCAGACGCUCAUGAACGAAGCCUUUGCUGGCUGCACUCGUUUGACUAUCAGCCAUAGACCCAGCGGUUCUAGUGAUUGUGACAUUAAGGUUACUCUGGAUAAUGGUCGGAUUAUAGAGGUUCUGCAUAUGGCUAAAGCUCCGCCGGAAAUAUAGUCAGCUAGUAGACACAAUACAAGAAAAUGUAAAUUUUAUGCAAUAUUAGAGUGCUAUCUCUACAGCGGCUAGGUUUUUAUGUUCGUGAUGACGGGUUUUAAAUGUAACCAGGGUCUUCUUUGUCGUCGAAGUAACUCUGGAUUCCGUAACCCGGUGAUGAUUGCAAAUAAAUAUACCCUGAAUACAUCGGCAGCCAUCAACAGGUAUCUGCUGCCAUGCAUUCUCUUCAAAAAAUAUUAAAGCUUCUGAAACACGAAUUAAUAUAUCACUACUUUUAAUACCCUUCUGAUACGGAUAUUUCUUGAAUAGCGUCAAAAUCCUCCGGCGGAGCUGGGAGUUGUGGCAUUUGCGGACGAUGAUAUUUAAAGGCUGGCCGAUGAGUGCCAUGGAUUCCGAAGACAGAGUAUUGCGAGCGCCUGCUUGACUGGCACCAAGUUGCUCAGCAAUGGCGAUAAUGCGGGCAAUAUAGCCAUCGGAUGUGUUAAACGGCAAACUGGCCAUUUGUAGCCGAUUGACCGCCUCGCCAGCCAAGUCCCGUAUAUGCAAAACUUGCACACGACACCACUCGGCCUCAUCGACAACACCACGACGGUAUUGAUCAUCAAUUAAACGCCUGUAGCUGUGGAACAUGGCCUUCCACUUAAAUUCAGCCUGGAGCAUUUUGUUGGACUUGGGCCCGACUAGGUAUGUAGUUUGACUCUGAGUAUCGUCCCUGCUAGGAUUGCUUUGUGCAUCGUUCCCCUUAAUAUUUACUCUCCAGUAUGCCAGAGAGAUUGGCAAUAGCUCACUGUAUGCCUCUAAUGCAGAGCAGAAUGACGGCUCUGAUAGCUCUGAUUCUGUAUCAUCGUUAUCUGCCAUUGGUGGCUGGUCGCGAGGUCGAAAUGGCGAGAAUAAAAGCUGAGACUCUAGUCCUUGCAUUACCAUUCUCAAGAGUCUUGGGGGGACAACACAGCCAGAUAGAUGGCUAGAUGAAAGAAAAUCCCUCUGAGGCCUCCAGAAUUUCCAGUUACUAGCGACGUAGAUGCUGUUGGAAAUGUGCAUCACUGCCUGCUCCAUAUCCCCCUGGAGGGUGCAGUAGCCAACCAGCAAGAUGCAGGUUAGCAACAACAUCUCGCAGUCUUCUGGACGUAGAUUGGUAUGGUCGACGUGAAUAAGGUACUGUAGAGCCUUGCUAUAGUGUGACAAUGCCUUGUAGUUGGUCUUGUUGGUCGAGGUUUGGAGUAGUUGCUGAUUGUGUGCUGACCCAAUGGCCAUAGCAGCAUGCCACACGGCCGGAUAUCUCUGAGCAGCCUGAAGCAUAAAGACACGCCAAAAUUCCUCGUCGAACAGAUCUGAACAGUGGGAAAGAGCGUACUCUUUAAACACGUGAAAUGUCUCUAGAUCAGCGGAUUCUGGCUGUUUUUGGAGCGGUGCCACCGCUGCACUUGGCUGCGGUAGCAACAUUACAAGUCGGUGUUGGUUCCGUGACUCAGUAUAUGAAUAGGUGCAUUCGAAUCUGUUUAUAAUGCAACGGCGACACGAUGGCUUUGCCUCGUCACAUUUGAGACGG